AUGGAUACGGCACCGCUAACUCUCGCUCAUACGCACGCCCGGAACGCCGCCCUCGAGUCGCGCCGUCACAAUCCGGUCGCGGCCAGUGAGGAACAUGAUCUGGCCGCAGCAGAAUUCGCCGCAGCGGCUCAAGGGACGUCGGACUCGGAAGCCCUUCGCGUGUUGAAUUUGUUGGAACAACACCACAAAAAACUAGGACAACUGCUCAAGGCCGCGCACGAGAAGCCUAUUGUCACAAGUAGCCAGCCUUCCACAUCCGCAGAUGAUGGCGACAAUGCCACUCCAUCACCAGCACCGCAAAAGCAGGAAACGACCAGACCUUCUUCACCCGAGACGACUACACAUCCCCCGAGAUUGCCCAAAGGGUUGAGAUCAAGCACGCGAGAGCUUUCGUCUUCCAUUGCAAGUAAUCUAGCCUCUGCCAGAGGUAUACCGAGCAACCGGCAGAAGAGACCUACCCCGAUAUCUCCGUUGGUUUCUACACAAAACGCGGACGGUCACAUCGCUCAGGAUGACGCGAGAGGAAAGGCGAUGUCAAGAGAAAGCCCAGAUACAGGCGAUGCUCCUAUGUCGCGCUCCAAGCAGUCACAGUCACGUCCGUCGUGGGCUCCACCUUUAUCACCUACCAAAGCAGAAUCGACCGAAAAGCCAGCCGAGCAAGGCGCCGAUGCUCCCUUCCAGCAAUUCUACGCCACCUUUGAAAGCCUCAUAUCCAAACUCUCCGCGCCAUUAGCAUUCGCCGGCCUCCCGCUCACCACACCAAGCACGCCCAAGGCACGGCCAACCUCCUCGCUCCCCUCACCCAAGCAGCCCAAACAGCCAUCCCAGCCGACCCCGGCACCCCCUUCGGUCGACUACAGCCAACUCAUCUCUCGCGCCGCCCUCCGCGCCGUCUCGGGCGGUGGCCCAACCAACCCCUCGGAAUCCUUCUACGUCGUCCCCACCACCGGCGGCACAAUCUCCUACGCCGAGAUCAUGUCGCGCGCCGAGCGCGAAGAAGCCCGCGCCGGCCUGCGCGGCCAUCAUCGCCAAACCUCGAACCUGACCAACAUCUCCGAAGACGACUUUGUAGACGCGCAGAGCACGAUCCUCCCCGCCCCCGCGGGACCGCCCAGCCGCUUCCGCCGCAGUGGCCACGGCCAGGAAGAUGUCAAAGUCAACGGCAAAACCAUGGAAGAACUGGCCCUCGAAAACCAAGCGCUCAAACACCUCUCGGACACGCUCUCCAAGCGGCUCCACGUGUUUGAAAUGUCCGCGCAGACCUCCUCUGCCGCACUGGCGCAGAGUAUCCGCUCCCUGCAUAACCGCUCGCCCAUGCUCUCGCCCGAAAACUCACGCGGCAAACCGCCGCUGAGUGGCAAACUGCUGGGCAUCGACAGCAACCCCUCUGGCCACCAUCAAACAGACGAGGCCACGCAACGGCGCAUCGCCGAGCUGGAAGAGAUCCUCCGCAAGAGCGAUGCCCGGGCGAGGAAGAAGGAGGAGGAAAAUGUCAAGCUGAAGGAGACCAUCACCAAGUACAGGGACAAGUGGGAUAGUUUGAAGGCGGGGGCCAAGGCGCGGAGAGAGAGGGAGCGGGCGGGGAGACAUGAGAGAACUGUCACGGAGGAGACUGUCACGGAGGCAGCUGAUGAGGCGAGUGCUGGUGGCGGUUAA